AGGAACAGACACAAAGUGCUUCACACAGACUGCACAACUGUUUUACAAGAGUUAUUGAUCACAGAUUGAAGAAAAGAGAGUCGAGUUCAUCAUUUUAAACAGAUAAAGCAAUUUUGGAGAUGAAAUCAUGACCGAAGAUGAGAGACCAUGGAGGAACAAACAGCAAAGAGUGAUGCAAAGGAUGGUCAGUUGAAUCAUAUUCCGUUUUUUCAAUCUGUGCUGAAGAAACGUCCAAAAGGGACUGUCAACAAUCCCAAAACAGAUAAAUUCCCAGAUACAGCUUGCAAAACUGUGUUUUAUGGAGGAUGUUCAAUAAAGGAAGGGAGUAAAGAUUCGGAUAGCACGGUCAGAUCUGAUGGUGACGAGGAACAGUCAAGUAAGAUUUCUGGGACAUUUAAUGUGUCUGAGUUAGUGCCGAGUGAUGCAAGGGAAGGUCAGCGAAGUGAUAUUCCACUCCUGGAGUCCAUGCUGAACAAGCUCAUGAUCCAAAAGGAGAGAGCCAACCAUCACACAACAGAUAGACUACGUGGGCGGCCAGAUAAGACCUCUAAAAGUGUGUUUCACCACUCUGUGGAGUCUGUAACAAAUGAAGACAGGAGUGAUUUUGAUUCCACAGUCAGAUCUGAUGCCGAUCAGGAAAAACCAGCCAGGAGUUCGGACAGAGAAGAUGGAAAAGAAGAAUCCAAAGGGGUUCCAGAGGAGUUUCCUAAAUGGGAGAGAAGGAUUUUCAGCUCUGUUCCUUUGGCAUUGCUAACAAAGGUGGCAGAGAUGAAAGAAAGUAAACUGGUGGAGGUCAAAAACAACAAAGACCCUAGCAUGGUGGAAGACAAGUCUGAAGCUGCAUUAUUGCAGGACGAAUCUUCUCAACAAUUAUCGGCACCAAAUCCUGACCUCUCAGUGUCCUCAGACAGAGCUGACUUUGCACAGACUAAAACUGAAGUACUUGAUGAGGCUUGCUCUGGUCCUUCAAAUACAGUUAGCAUGGACACAGGCAACGCUCAGACUGCUGAAAAGGUGGUAGGAAGGACAACAAGAUCUGCUUCAGAGCCAGUGAGCACCAAGCCUAAAGAAGAGAGACCCCUAUCCGCCCCGAGUGCUUUAAACUCACAGGAAUUUGACAAAUAUGCUGAUAUAAUGACACCAAAACACUUCAGCAAAGCGGCUGUGAGUUUAGAAUUGGAGAAUUCAGGGAUGACAGAACAAAAUAACUCGCUUGCCAAAACACAGAAGAAGGGAGUGAAACACAAGAUGAAGAAUUUUACUCAAAAACUGAAAGAAAGGUUUAAAGAAAAGCAGGAUUGUGAGCAGAACACAAGCACGAGUGCAGAAGACAACGUGGAGGAAGAGGAACAGCCUAUGGAAACUGAGGAUCCAGACCUUCCACCACCUCUCCCAACAAAAAAGGGGAAAUAUGUUAUCUUAGACAGAAAAUUUACCUUAAGAGACUUCAAACUCAAUAUUGAACCUAUCAACCUAAUGGAGGAAAUAUUCACAGGAGACGAAUGGCUCAAUUACUUGCCCACUAAAGGCAGUUCGGAUGAGAAAGAUACUAGUGAUCAGUCAAUCUCGUAUGAUCCCCCCAAACUAGAAACAGAUAAUCAGGUCAACGUUCCUGAGCCAAUACCAGAACCAAACCCACAAGAAGACAUAAAGACCACUCAGGACAGUGUUGAUGAUACUCAACAGGACAAAGCUGCAGAAGUCAACAGUCAAGCACGAGUAGAACGAGUCGAAUCAAACACAAGUGUUUUUGCCAUCCCAAAAGCACUUCUAACAAAUAAUGCUAUCAAACAAAUGACAGACUGUGAGCCAAAGAAAUCAGAUGACAUCUAUGACUGUGUGGACAUUUAUAUUCUUCCCAAAAAUGACAUUCCAACAGCAAAAAGGAAGGCAUCGGAAGUUAAUCUGAUAGACUUUUCAGCAAUCAAGUCGUUCGCAUUGUUGGACAACUCCGCCCUCAAGAGUCGAAUCCGUCUCAGCAAAAAGAGACCCCACCGACCACCCAAAAAACACAAAAAAGUAAAAGCAGAAAAGUCAAAUGCCAUAUUCUACAAGAUUCCCCCAGUCAUCCUGAAUGAAUCUCCUUUGACUGCAUUUCUACCACGUCACAGCACCCCCUUUUCCCCACCUCCUCAUUUACCUACAAAAUGCACUCCUAGCCAGUGACUCCAGGAACACUGAAGUCUUCAUCUGCAGCUGUCAGCUCAUCUCCAAGCAUUCCUCAUUGCUAGUGUACAUAUGAUUGGGCUCGCCAGGAACCCACAGAUUAAAAUUCCAGAAGGAUCCAUCGAGCCAGAAAAACUGACCAGACUGAGAGAAGCCAAACAGAAAAUGUGUUUUCUAAGUUACUAAGAUGAAAAACAUGCUAUUUACACUUUUUAUUUACACUUCUGUCUCGUUGUAUACCUUAAAAAAUUCAUAGGCUCCGAGCCAGAUGCGCAGGCUUUUUGGGUUAAAUUUUUUCACAAUGCACAGCAAGUAACUGUUAUCCUGUAAACUAUGCACUGAGGCCAGAUGUGCACCAGGGGCUUUGGUCCUGCAAUUGAACUGGAAGUAAAACAGGAAGAACAGUUAAUGACUACAGAAUACUUUAAUUCGUUUUAUUAAUAAUCUGGAGACUAAUAAAACAGUGUAGUACUACUAUACGGCAUAUACCUCAGCUUGAGUGAAGUUUAAGCGUCUGAAGAAGUAUUUGACACAGUGUUUACCCACUCUGAACCAAUCAGAGAAUCCAGGCAUAUCACAUGCUUUCGGCAUUGAGCACCACUCAGUGGCAUUCCCACUUCCAGCAUGAAAACCUAAAGACAGAAUCAAAACCAUGACUUAUACUUUGAACUUUUAGAUUAUAUGAAAUCUGGGUUGAUUUUAGCAAAUAUUUGCUUUUACAUGUUUUGAAUAUUUCUCAAAUGCUGUUGAAUAAAGACAAGAAUGUUUAAGCACAUUUUAAAAUGUAAUUGUUUUGAUAAUUAGUUUCUAAUAACUAAUUCCAGUUGUCUUUAAGAUAAUGACACACUCAAAAAUAACUUGUGCUGCUUGUUUAAACUACUUUGAAACAUGAGUUGAAACAACACAAUUCUGAAUGUAUUUUUAGGGACAACUUAAUCAUUUAAUGUUCAAUCCACUUAAAUUUGUAAAAACAAUUAAGUUAACUUAAUCGAUUUGUGUUGGGCCAACAUGAGGGAACUGUGUGGAACCCAGCAUUUUUUAUAGUGCAGUACAUAAUAUUUUACUAGUUAUGUAAACAAUGUAAAGGCUUAACUAGGUUAAUCAGGUUAACUAUGGAUUAUAGUGGUUUGUUCUGCAGCCAACUGAGAAGAAAAAUUGUUAAGGAGGCUUUUUCCAGCUAUUCCAGCUUUUUUUGGGACAACUUAUUUGUUUUAUGUUCAAUUCACUUACAUGUUGUUGGGACAAUAUGAAUGAAUUAUUUGGAACCAAAGUAUUUUUUUAGGAAA